AAUAUCGCACAAGUGAUUUCAUAAAGCAAAUCUUUUGGAAGUUGUGUAAAGGGAAUAAGUGGGAAAAACCCUUGAGAUAACGGCGGUAUCCACAGCACAAUUAUCUCCCUGAGUCCUUCCCUCUCUCUCUUUCUCUCUCUCUCUUUCGCUUUGCUGUCAAUCGCUGGAGGAUUUGACUGGAGUUUCCGAGCGUGUCUGCAUCUGUGAGGAUGUUGUUGUGGCUGGUUUUGUUCCCGCCUGCCCUCGCCUUGGCUCAGCGAUCAGAGCCCAUGUUCUCUACUAUUACCAAGACCGUCCUUCCUCCGGACUAUGAAAACAACCCCACCCAGCUCAACUAUGGCGUGGCCGUCACUGACGUAGACGGGGACGGAGACCUGGAGAUAUUUGUAGCUGGCUACAAUGGGCCAAAUCUGGUGCUAAAGUAUGACAAGCAGAGGAAAAGGCUUGUCAACAUCGCUGUUGACAACCGUAGCUCCCCGUUCUACGCCCUGAGAGACCGACAAGGCAACGCCAUCGGAGUGACAGCAUGUGACAUCGAUGGAGACGGACGGGAGGAGAUUUAUGUCCUCAACACCAAUAACGCCUUCUCUGGUCGGGCAACGUAUUCUGACAAGCUGUUUAAGUUUCGUAAUGGACGCUUUGAAGAUCUGCUGAGCGACGAUAUUAACGAGCACAGAGACGUAGCCAACCCUAUGUCUGGGCGCUCAGUGGCCUGUGUGGACAGAAAGGGUACAGGCCGUUACGCCAUCUACAUAGCUAACUACGCCAGUGGGAACGUCGGUCCUCAUGCCCUCAUAGAAAUGGAUGAAUCAGCGAGUGAUCUCUCGCAGGGCGUCGUUGCUCUCUCCAACGUGGCCGAGCAGGCCGGAGUCAACAAGUUCAUCGGAGGGAGAGGCGUCGUGGUGGGGCCUAUCGUCAGUCAGACUCUGUCUGAUGUGUUUUGUGACAAUGAGUACGGAGCCAACUUCCUGUUCAGGAACAACGGAGAUGGAACUUUUACUGAUGUGGCACAGCAGGCAGGUGUGGAGGACCCCAUGCAGCAUGGCAGAGGGGUGGCCCUGGCAGACUUCAACCGUGACGGCAAGACGGAUAUUGUCUAUGGGAAUUGGAAUGGACCUCAUCGCCUCUACAUGCAGCUGAAUAACCGCAAACAAAAAUUCAAGGACAUUGCAUCCCAGAAGUUUUCCAUGCCAUCCCCGGUUCGAACUGUUAUCGCUGCGGACUUUGACAAUGACAACGAGCUUGAAGUGUUCUUCAAUAACAUCGCCUACAGAGGGCCGUCUGCCAACAGACUCUUCAGGGUGAGCAGGAGAGAACACGGGGACCCCCAGAUAGAAGAGCUGAAUGUUGGGGAGGCAUCAGAGCCCGAAGGACGAGGAACCGGAGCUGUAGCCACAGACUUUGAUGGUGACGGGCGUCUGGAGCUGCUCGUGUCUCAUGGUGAAAGUGCAGCACAGCCGCUGUCUGUCUACAAAGUCAACCAGGGCACUGCCAAUUCAUGGCUGCGAGUGAUUCCCAGGACCAAGUUUGGUGCUUUUGCCAGAGGAGCUAAAGUUGUGGUUUACACAAAGAAGAGUGGCCCUCACACUCGGAUCAUCGAUGGGGGCUCGGGAUACCUAUGUGAGAUGGAGCCUGUCGCACACUUUGGCCUCGGUAAGGAUGUGGCCACCAAUGUGGAAGUGUACUGGCCAGAUGGUCGCUCAACUGCCCGACCGCUGGAGCCUUCAGAGAUCAACUCUGUCCUGGAGAUCCACUAUCCACGAGAUGAGGAGGAAGUCACUCCUACUGUGGAAAUAGAGUGCGGUCAUGGCUUCGCUCUGAAUGAGAACGGCCGCUGCACAGAUAAAGAUGAGUGUACCCAGUUCCCCUCCGUGUGCCCCUCUGACCGCCCCAUCUGCACCAACACCUAUGGCAGCUAUAAGUGCCGCGCCAAGAGGAGAUGCAACCAGGGCUUUGAGCCCAACGAUGAUGGGUCAGCCUGUGUGGCCCAGGUGGCUUACUUCGGGGGGACGCGGUCUUCUGGGGAACGCAAGUGGUCGGGCCUUUCUUUCUGGCUGCUCUCCGUCUCCAUGCUACCACUCAUCUCCACCCACCUUCAGACUGGACUGCUGUAGCUGUCGCUGUUUGCUCCCCUUCCUAGCUCCCUCCAUGGUUGGAGGGGGAUGUACAGAAACUUUCAAAGCCAACUUCUCACAAAAAAGAAAAUCUCCUCCUCCUCCUUCUCCUCCAUGGAUCUCUGCUAUCUUUGUCCAUCAGUUAUUUACAACCUUGCCCAUCUCGUCACCGCUGCUAUGCGUCACCUCUUGGCUCCCGGCCCCCUCUGGACUAUAAAGAAACGUACAGGGAGCAUGCUCGCUGGGAGCUACGGGGUUCAGAACUAACUGUGUCACACCCGCAGAGCCCUCACGUCAUCACCUGGCACUUAUCUUAGUGGGACCUGAACUGAAGCCAAGUCAAUAAGCGGAGCUGCAGCGUAUAAACCUCUGCACAUACAGCAGAUAGAUCUACUGGCUCCACAGACCACAUUCAUUAGAGACACGCUGAGGCCCCAUCUGUAUCUCAACAAUGCCACUACGCCAAUCCCUAUAAUGUCACUCUCAUUCUUAUUAACGGCUUACUGGGAUGCUGAGGAACAAGAGGUCUCGGAGCUUUAGGUUUUGUGUGUGUACUCAUGUAUUUGUGCGUGUGUGUGCUGGGUCCAAAGAGGCAGUCGGGUAGAGGAACAUAUGCCAGACCAUCUGUCUCCGAUGGUAGCUUACAUUUUGUUACCUAUGAAUAAUACAACAGCACAGAGAAGAUAAACACGUGUGUGUGUGAGCACAAGAGGAGGCAGGAGCACAUUUUAAUUUGUUUAAGUACAGCAGCCGGAAGGCGUACUUGAACCGAUCACCCAAAUAAAGUAAUGGGCACGUUUCAAUAACAUGAAGAUAAAAUGACAAAGAGAAGCACUUAAAGCAAAACUCGGCUUUCCACUCAAAGUGGGUUUACCACUAUGAUCACAUUGCUGAUCUCAAAAUGCAGUAAAAGCUGCCAUCAUUUCUUUAUCAUUUAAAUGUGCAUAUUUAAGUUUUAGGCACAUUUAGACGUUUUAAAAUAAUUCACUGAAUAAUGCAACAAUUAUUCCCUGAUUUUAUCUCCAAAUUGCAUGAAAAAAAGACCAAAAUCAAGGAUAUGCUUUGCUUUCUAAUUCCUUUUUCUGUCUGAAGCAUUCUGACUCUAUUCAAUGGUAUCCUACAGGACAUAAUGCAAAUAUAUUGUUGAAUAAAUUAAAUACUUAAUUAGGGAUUUCCUGUAGUUUAGUAAAUUGUGUCUAUGUUCAGAACUGGGAAUUGUCAGAUUCAAUGUGCAGGAAGAUGGUGUAUAUAGGAUUGCCUUGUAAUUAAAUUAAAACAACAAUCCCCAUGUAUAUUGUAAUGAAAGCACAUGUCACAGACGUGUUUUUAAUAAUGUUUGAGCCACAACUGCACAGAGGAGUAAGAUCUAUUGCCAAUAUUCUUUUACUAGGCUAGUUUUAUUGUUGAUUUUGGUCAUUUUUAUGGGUUUGUUGACAAAAACAAAGCAUAAAAAUUAUGAAAGAAAGGAGGAAUGUGUGGAUAUUUCACGGGCAAAUGAAACUCCUAAAAUGUAACGAGGUGGUCUCACAAUCACGCCUUUGAUAUCCUGCACUAAAAUUCAAAAAACACAUGGAGCUCUUCAUUUUUUUAUUAAAGGCUACAGACAUAUUUUUUGGUCUCGUUGCCACGUUUCUUGAAACGUUUUCGGAAAUGAAUAAAUACUUUGGCAAAAAAAAAAGAACCAAAAAGAGAAAAAAGAUGUCGACAGCAUGUUGACUGACAGUUUUUUGCUUCCAUGUAUUCUGCAGGGGAGCAUCAGUUCUCAUCUUAGAGAUCCCAGUGUAGCAAAUACGCAACACAAGCUUCAUGUUAUCCAGCGUUAGACCCUGAUCAGUGUCCUAGCAGGGGAUAAUGUUCUUCAUCAAGUGUUGGCCAGUAAAGUCCUCCAGGGUGUGAGUGUGUGUGUGAUUCAUGGAAGUAUCCCUUCUCACUUGCUGAGGCAAGUGUUAUAUAUAUUUUGGAAAUAUUUUGCCAAAAAAACCUCACACAUUCCAUUUAAGAUACAGCGCCAUGCUCGGCCCCUUGACAUCAGCCCUUGAGCCCGCUAACGAGCUGGACCCGAACCACGGAUGCCACCUGUAAAUAUCAAACAUUUCAGCUGAGAUUUAGAGACUGAACUAAUUUCUCUCUGAGACAUUUUUUUUUAAUGAAAACUAGGAGGCAUCAGAGCAUGAAAAACUAAUAAACAAGUGAUGAUGGAUGUGUUAAAGCAAUUAAAAUUACUCACCAUGGAUCUCUACUGGAUCCAUGUUGACAAUGCUGUCAUGGUCUCUGCGCAAGCCAAAGAAUCUGCGGAGGGCGAGAGUUACAGAGGGUUCAUCGAGACCGAGUCCACACAUGGUGAAUAUUUUAAUAUGUUUUCUCAAGGAGGUUCAACUGAGGUUGCCGUUGAGAUGAUAUUGGAAGGAUGGAGUGGGAACUUUUUUUGUAGCUUGAAUCACACUCUUGGGUCGGACUUGAAUUGACUGAUGUGUAAGCUCACGGUUUGCAUGUAUAAUAAGAUCCACAAGUGUUUAUCAAAACUUGCACGCUUUAAAAAGGACACGGCUACAGGUGUUUUUAACCCUAAUGCUCACAUUCUCUCCUUCUCAGUCUUCACAAUCCUAAUAUGGUGUAGUCAUUUAUCGUCCAAGACAUGAUUGUGUGAAUCUAGUUUGUAUACUUUCCUAUAAAUGUGUUGAAAUGGGUUGUAGAAUUUUUGGCUGAUUCUUAAGUUUGUAAAGGAUCCUACUGAAAAUAGUCGGCUAACAUUUGGCAACUCUGAACUAUGUGUACAUGCAAUAUUCAAGCAAACCUGCUGUGUACAGUGUUUACUGUAUAUAUCUUGACCACCCAAACAUGUCGGGGGUCUGUGAAGUCAAAGGUUAUUAUACAAAAGUCUAUUAAGAAAUGGAUUUUUUUCUGUGUCCAGUGAGGGCUGGGAUUUAUUCAAGAGAAUAAAUAAAAUGUAAUAUUCACAGCGA